AUGCCUACUGCUAUUGUCACUGGUGCGACCGGUAUCACCGGAAAUGCAAUUGUUCGCCAUCUUCUCCAAGACCCGUCAUACUCCAAAAUCUACACUCUCUCCCGAAGUCAACCAUCCCUGAAAGACGAUCGAAUCAAGCAUGUCUGUCUUGAUCUCCAGGGCUCGGCAGAGGAAAUGGCCCAGUCUCUGUCUGGCAUUUCGGCAGACUAUGUCUACUUCUGCGCUUAUCUAGCCAGGCCUGAUGAAGAUGAAGCGGCUGCGGUCAACGGCGCAUUACUCUCCAACUUCAUCCAGGCGCUUGAAACCACGGGCGCAACCAAGCAGCUCAAACGGUUCGUUCUUACCUGUGGGUUCAAGCAUUAUGGUGUUCAUCUGGGCUUGCCUAAGCAGCCUCUCAUUGAAUCUGAUCCUCGUUUGGAAGGAAAUGUUGGCGGCAAAAAGUGGCCCUCCAACUUUUACUAUACCCAGCAAAGGAUAUUAGAAGAAGCUGCAGCCAGGAACAACUGGGAGUGGAUCUGUACACUUCCAAACGAUGUCAUCGGCUAUGCUAAGAACAACUUCAUGAACGAAGCAACUGCUAUUGGCCUGUACUGUGCUGUGAACAAGGCGCUGCCUGGAUCAAAGCUGAUCUACCCCGGCAAUAAACUCAACUAUUUUGCCUUCAACUGCUGGACAUCCGCAGAGCUGCACGCCCAAUUCUGUCUAUGGGCUGCCACAGCUCCAGGGGCCGGAAACAACAUCUUCAACGUCGCCAACGGCGAUACCGAAUCGUUCCAGAGUCUCUGGCCCCGUCUCGCAGAGCAUUUCGGCUGCACCAUCCCAGACAACAUGUUCGACGCAGCAACCACCAAGAGCCACAAAGGAGAAUCCACCACCAACCAGCUGAAAUCCAGCAACCCCAUCGUCGCACACGCCAAGGCACUCGGCAUUUCCGACGACGCCAUCAACGCAAAACCACCCACCCUCGACCUCCCCAUCGACCCCCAGAAAUGGGCUCAACGGGCUGAUGUCAAUGAGGCGUGGUCGACUCUCAAAACCAAGUACAGCCUCGACCAGACGGCCUGGGAUAAGGCGACGUGGGACUUUUUGACUUUCGUUCUUGGUCGUGAAUGGGGGUGUGUUGCUAGUAUGAGCAAGGCGAGAAAGCUGGGAUGGACUGGGUAUGAGGAUACCUGGGAGGCGUUUAAGAGGACGUUUGAUACUCUCGAGCAGGAGGGGAUUCUACCUCCUUCUGAACUGUUGAAGAGGGAUUUUCAGAACUAG